CGCCCGUGGAGCGGGGGGCGCGGCCGGCAGCCCCUCGGAGCCGCCCCCCGGCUUGGGGAUGCUGAGGGCUUUUUUCACGUUUCCGCAGUGUCACGAUUUCCGCUUCCCUCCUUCAAAGGAGGAAGGAAAAGAGAGAAAAAGAGGAGCGCGAGCCGGGAGCGCCGCCGCCAGCCCCGGGCCAUGGAGGAGCCCGAGCCGGCCGGGGCCGCCGCCGCGCCGCCGCCCGGGCUCGGGGCGCUCCUGCCCUCCCGCGACCUGCUGCGCUCGCGCAAGGGCCAGCUGCUGCUCGCCGAGUCGAAAUGCCAGCAUGAAAAGAACUGCCACUUCAAAGGACCAACAGCAAACAAAAAACUAGUGCUGUCAUUUAUCAUCUUUAUCUGCUAUAUUGCAUCUUCAGCUGCCUCUUUCAUGAUGGCACCGCUCUUAGAAUUUCUGCUGGCACUGUUUCUUUUUUUCGCCUACGCCUCUAAACUUAAUGAGAAGUUUAAAGGACUCUACUGGCCUUUGACGGAUUUCUUGCGGUGCGUCACUGCUGCUAUUAUUUACUUUGCCAUCUCAAUUGCUGCCGUCUCAAAAUAUACUGAUGGAGCAUCUAAAGCAGCCGGAGUGUUUGGAUUUAUAGCCACAAUAGUGUUUGCCAUUGAUUUCUACAUAACCUUCAAUGACCUGGUUACAUUUCUCAAACAAGGCACUUCUAGUCCCCCUGAAGAGCGCAAGUCAGACGAUGAAGAUUCCGAUUCUGAUUCCGACUGAAGAACAGGACAGCAAUGAAUUGUAAAGGGAAGAUGAUCAGGCACUUUCCUCUUUGCUGAAUGCACUGCCAAUUGAAAUACUUCCCUUUUCACUCUUGGUAUCCUCUUUUCACCUCACUGCUUAUGGAGUCACCACAGCAUAGGACAGUGGUGUGGAAGAGGAGACUAUUUGAUGCCAUUGAACACUCCUUCAGAACUAAUGAUUUUACAGCAGUUGAAUCUGCAACACAAGUCUGUAUCUGAACAAACAUCCCAGUUCUCCCCUUCUCUUCUUUACUCAGCUGUACGAUAUACUGAGUAAACAGGAACAUAGUAUUUUAAACUUAUAGCAGAGCUUUUAAUAUUCUUUCUUAAUUCCAAAUCUUUAACACUUAUAAGCUUUUAUACUUCUUGCUGUGCCAAAGCGGAGAGGCACAGAAUGCCUCUACUUUAUUUGUGUUUUUCUAGAUUAACUAACAAACAAAGUAUAGUAUCUCUUUAAAGUCUGAAUAUUCCAAUAUCUCAAGCAUUUAAGGCACAGAUUAUAGUUAAUGUGUUGGUUUCAAUGCAUGUAUAUCCACCGCCUAUCUGUGACAAAAAGAAAUGACAACUGGAAAUCUGCACCAAGAUCAAAUCUCAAAGUCUAAUUGUGCCUCAGGUUAGCCGGUUCAUCAGACAUUUAAUUCCACUUUAAGCUGCUUGGAUGGGAUCACAUCCCAUCUUUUGCAAUUUCACCACAGAUACCAGGCAGAACAGAAUAGGCAUUUACUCACUGGCCCCUUGCUACCAUGUGUGUGGAAGCCCUCAUACAUGCUUGCACACACGGGUAAGGAAGGCUUACGCUUGCCAAGUACCUCCCAAUGACACUAUCUGCCAGUCAAAGACUACAAAUUAUUUGUGCGCGAGGUAUCGCUGUCUGACCUCGUGCUCUGUGUUCUUCACCUUGGUUCUCCAAUGAGAAGCAGUGCGGGACGUGGUCCACUCGGUGCAGAGUCGAAGGCUGUGCUGCCCAAGCAUACCAGAGGGUUCGUGAAACAGAGAUUGUUUCUGUAAAACUCAGGCUACCUGGGCCCUAGGAGGGCAAUACUCCCUUCCCCCUGUGAAGAUGCAAAAUCAACCUCGAAACUAAAGAAUGUCUUUGCAGUGAAAUUCAUUUUCCCAGUCCCCUCAGGCUUUUUUUUUUUUUUUUUUUUUUUUUUUUUUUUUUUUUUUAAUUAAUACUCCUUUCUCUGAAAGGACAUGAUUUAUCUCUUGGGUCUAGUAUUUUGGGAAAAAAAUCUUUAGAAUUUACAUGGUUUUUUCAUGGGUAGCAUAACCUACCUUGAAAUAUCUGUGCCCAUAUAUAAGUGCACACUACUCAUGUAAAAAGCAUGGCAUGUCCCUUAUAUACGGCAUCUGAUCAGUCUAUUUCAGAGAAACCCUUAUACAUUAAAAAACAUUUAAUAUAGUUCCAGGACAGGUGGCUUUAACAAAAAAUAAUUAAAGUGAGAGCAGAUGGUACUAAUAGAGUAAAUGAAAAACAGAACGAAAACAAUAAAGGCAGAUUUCAUUUCAAACAAAAUUACUGCCUGCGUUCCAAUUCCCUGCUAGCAGCUGGCUGCUAACUGGCAAAAACACGGUACCUAAGAGCAAACAGGUAUUUGGGGAACUGAUCUGGCUAGAUAAGGAGACAUCUAACAGGCAGUUUCUACAACUUGUGUUUCCAGACCACUGAAGGAAUAAAAGCAAAGCAAAUGUUUGCUUUCAAAUGUGAUAAAUAUUCUUUGCUUUUGUGAAAGAGCUCUAUGGACCUUUUCCUGUAUGAAAUUCCGCAUUUUUUUCUCUACUGUCAUGUUUUACUGACACUGACUGUGAUGUCAGGGGACCUGGGCUCAUUUUUAUAUUCAAUUUUUUGUAUUUUUAUUAUUUUUUUAAAAAAUGUACUGCAUGUCACAGCUGGUAACUAGUACAUGGUUAACAUAUAGAAACCAUGCUGGAUUAAACCUCUUUCAAUAGAAA